AUGCUACCGCCUCGCCGGAGGUGGAGUCUGAUGGAGAAGGAGAUGAUGAUCUUGAAUUGCUGCGGAGACGAUUAUGAGACCCUUGGAGCUAUUCAACGCCGUUUUUCUGCUUACAGUGAAGAUGGCAUGGAACACAACAUGGAUGACCUCUUACAUAGACCUGCUCAGGUUAGUUCUAUUAUCAUAGACUCAGAAAAUGAAGUUUUCAAUAGCUUUGUUGAUAAAACUAAUGUUGGAGAAGGUUUUUUCAACUGUGUAGAUGCAAGUGUGCCCACUAGCAAGAAAGCACAGCCUGCUGAUUUAGUUGAAUCGGAUGGGCCUGAUACUGAAGAUGUGGCUAGGAUGAUACAAGUGGAAGCCAGAGUUGAAGAACUCAGUAAACUGAUGGAACGUGUGAAAAUCCUCAAAGACUUUCAGAUUGCUUGCAAAAAGAGAACUGGGAGAGCCUUGUCGCAGAAAAAAGAUGCUCGCGUGCAGUUAAUUUCGGUGCCGAAACUAAGGGCAAAUGCAAAGUUCAAUGACAAGAAUCUCCCUACUGGGCCUCCAGAAAACGCACACGUUGCUUACUAUAAGGAGGCAUUGACAAGAUUUGCAAUCAAUGUUAGUAGGGAGAAUUGGUCAAAGGAAGAAAAAGAAAAUCUUAUAAAGGGUGUGAAACAACAGUUUCAGGAAAUGUUUCUUCAGCAAUCUGUUGAUCUCCUCAGCAUUGACAGCUUUCUCGUAUCUAUUAGAGAUACUGACAUAACACCUGAUCACGAUCGAAGACAAACCCAUUUUGCGAGUCUCAAUGCUUCUAUACUCAAAAGAGAGUGGACCAAGGAAGAAGAUGGCCAGCUUCGGACAGCUGGACGAACAGGUACCCAAUGCUCUAACAGAUGGUUGAAGGCACUUCACCCUGCUAGAAAAGUUGAGAAAUGGACUGAAGAGGAGGACAUGUGGGUGCAGUGCAGAGAAAGAUGGGUCAAUUCCUUGGAUCCUUUUCUGAGUAUGGCCCAAUGGACCGAAGAAGAAGAUAAAAUUUUAGAAAUGGUUGUUGCAGAGCAUGGCUAUUGCUGGUCCAAGUCAGUGUUUGAGGAGAUGGAAGGUGUUGUUUCCAGAUCAAAAAGACCUGCCCUUGGACCCAAUGACUUUGUUAUGCCAGAAGCAUAUUGUGUUACUGCAUCAAAAAAUAUUGACCCUUCUAAUAGAAAGAGGAGACGAUCAUCAAAGGAUGCUGUUUCGGGUGACAUUUGCUCAGAAAAAGUUUCGAAGUUAAGUGACAGCAGUGAGGUUGAGAAUAAUUUGCAAGGUGGAUCAGUUCCUAGGAAAAGAAGGUCUAAGAGUACUUGUUCCAAUGAUGGUAUUAUCAAGAAGAAACUUCGGCCACAUAAAAAAAAAUUGAGUUUGGUUUCAGGGUCUGUUGAUGAACCACACAGAAACGAAGAUGAACAUACUAACUCAACAGAAGAAUGUUUAUUGCCAGAUUAUGAUUAUCCAGAUUUGCAGCUUGAAACUAUGAAUCCAGAGCUCGGUGUCAAAAAGGCUGCUAAGCUGCAAUGUAGGAGAAGACAUUAUCCCGUUGCAACAAUUGAGACAGCUGGAGAGGGCUCUACCACCACAACCUCAAAGAUGGAAAUGGAAAAGAUUUGUCACACCAAUGAAACAAACGAUCGUCAACCGUCACCUUUGUUGGGCUCGAUGUUGCUCACGGAGGCUGUUUCCAGAAUCUGA